UACCACUUUCUCUAUGCCUCAUCCACCUCCCAGCAUCUCUCGCUACUCUUUGAGACUUCACAUCGACCCACUCACGUCUGCUGCUCGAGGCCUCUCUGAAAAUUCCUCUGAAGCAGUCACUUCCUCCUCCUCAUGGUCGGACAACCAAUCAGGAAACUGGUGCUUCCAAUCUCCCUCUGGGACAACUUAUGAGCGAAUAUGUGGCGUCUUAUGCUUAUACGACUUCGAUUCCUCUGAUCCCGACCAUCUUUCGUUCAAGGAGGGUGACGUUCUGCAAGUAGUCAAGCAGGAGGAGACUGGAUGGUGGGCUGCUGCCAGGAAUGACGGUGUCGAAGUGGGCUGGAUACCCGCCGCCUAUGUUCGCAUCAUCGACAGCGGUUCAAGGGAAGGGACAUUACAAGAAGCACUUUCGCCUCCACCUUCAUACCACGACACCUUCGUACGAAUGAAAUCUACGCCACCUAUCUUCGUGGAUCCCUUUGGUCCACCGGAGGACCGCCUGGUUGACCAGAAUGUGUUUAACGCUACACGAGUUGCCGCAGCGUUCGCAUCACUAUCCCGUGCCGAUGUGUCGCGGGCGCAACUCACAGAUGAUUCGACUAUUCUCCCCAGUGGCCCUCUAUUCAUGGUCGCAGAAUCGAGCACAUCAGACUUGUCUGACUCUCGUCGUCCCUCUACGUGUUCUGAUGCAUCACACUCUACUUGUUCCUCCCUGUCUCUCAGCCCUUCACCUUCGUCUUCAUCAGCCUCACAUUCGGCCUUCGCUGAUGGUAGACCCACCAUCCAUGGUCGUAGUCGAUCGAGCGCCGCUGUUCUAGAAAUAUCCCGCAGUAAUAACAGACGCCGCCGACCAGUGCUGGUCUCCGACAAACAGUCCCUCGAUAAACUUUCCUCGCUUAUACACUCGCAUAGCGUCGAUGGACUACACACUCGAGGCCUCUCAGAGCCAUAUUUGAAGCUGCAGAGCCCCGAUGAACCCCUUUCCCCGCUGUUCAAGCCACAACAUCGACGCCUAGGGAAAAUCAAGCAACUUACCGGCGAUGACGACGCGCAGGCGUUCCAUAAUGCGAAGAUCGCACAAGCCAACCUCCCUUGGUUCCUACGACCAACUUAUCGUGACGAGGAGAUCCAGAUGGACAAUGAUGGCUCCGUCAUAGCGGGAACUCUUUCCGCGCUCGUGGAACACCUCCUGGUUGAUACUCUGAACCUAGCUCGGCAAGAAUUGUUCAGGCGGGCCUUCCUUGUCACCUUCCGCACAUUCGCUACGGCCAGACAAGUCUUCGAUCUUCUCCUCUCCAACUACGAGCUCCCGCAACCCGAGGGCCUGAGCGCCUCCGAAGCCAGUGAUUGGAAGCAGAAGAGACUUCGCCCAAUGCAGAAGCGGGUCCUCGACGUCCUAAUGAUGUGGCUCGAAGACUUCGACCUACUGAAUCAAGACCCGGACAUACCUCCCGCGCUGGAUGGGUUCCUGAAGUCCAUUCAAAACCCGUCUUCGCUGUCGCUAACGGCAAAGCACAUAUUGAUAUCUCUUGAGCGCCUGACCUUCGCAGACCCCGACGCCUUCCCGUAUGCCACUACCUCUUCACCGCCUAACAAAUCACGCAAGCCAAAACUAAGGAAGUACGACGCCUACGAGCUGGACCGCGUCGAUCCACUCGAUAUCGCUCAGCAGCUUUGUCUUGUCGAGCAUCGCCUCUACUCCAAGAUUCGCCCACAAGAGUGUUUGCGCUGGAUCGAAGCAGAUACGGGCGACGGCGUCAUACACGUCGCGGAUUUUGCCGCGAUCCGCGAAAAGCUCGAGGAUUGGGUCAAGGCCACCAUCCUUGCAGUUGAUGGCCUCAGCAGGCGAGCACAUGUCAUUGACUUUUGGAUACGUGUUGCGGAGAAAUGCAAAACUCUGCAUAAUUACUCCUCUAUGACAGCCAUCGUAAAUGCAUUGUCGAGCAAUCCAAUUAGUCGUCUUCACUUCACUUGGAACCACGCUACCCGGGAGCCGCAUCUCACACCACUUCUCAAGUACACCGCCCCCGCCAACAACUACGCCCAUUACCGUGCCGCUCUGAAUGCCCUCCGAAAUAUGCCGUGCAUCCCAUCCUCUACGCCCUUCUUUAGAGACUUGCAGCGAAUCCACGAUGAAUACGCAGACACCGUUGCCGCCCCCGCCACAUCUUACCCUACGCACCCUUACGGGAAAGAACAAAUACUUAUCCACUUUAAGAAACGGCAGACGUCGUUCGAGGUCAUCGCGAGCCUGCUCCGUUUCCAAAGUAAUGCCUACGCAUUCGUGGAGAACCCAUCAGCUAUGGGUUUCAUCGAGGCACAGAUGGCCCUCGCGGCGGCGAAGGACGAAAGGUGGUUUUGGGUCCGGAGCAACGAGUUGCAGCAGGCUGAACUUGUUCAUGCUGAUAUACGCAAGGGCCUCGAGGCUGCAGGGUUCUAG